AUGGUUAUUAGUAUAUCAUUACAAAACAAUGUUGGUAAAGUAACAAGUGCAAUGUUACCAGAUAGUUUUAAAAUGGAUGAAUUUACAAAAAUGUUAUCAGAAAAAUUGGGUGAUAUUGAAGGACAUC